GGGCGGGGCAGUGAAACUGAGUCAGCCAAUGGCUCACUCACUACGCGCAGGAAAAGAUAGAUCACCAAUGGCGGCACGGAUAUGGCGCUGUGGGCGGGGUUUAGGCCCAAAGCGGUACCGGAGCAGCACCUAUUAGAGUUGUCCUCACUGUCACGGCCGGCGCCUCUUGCAGGAUUCAUUCAUUAGUUUUUUUUUCAUUCACGAAAGUAGUGAGGCCUGGUUGAAAGCCAUGGAGAGCGCUCUCCCUGCCGCCGGCUUCCUGUACUGGGUGGGCGCGGGCACCGUGGCCUACCUGGCUCUGCGCAUCUCGUACUCGCUCUUCACUGCUCUUCGUGUCUGGGGCAUGGGUCACGAGCCUGGGGUCGGACCAGGGCUCGGUGAAUGGGCAGUUGUCACCGGUAGUACUGAUGGAAUUGGAAAAUCAUAUGCAGAAGAGCUAGCCAAGUGUGGGAUGAAAGUUGUCCUUAUCAGCAGGUCACAGGAUAAGCUGAACCAGGUUUCCAGUGAAAUAAGAGAAAAAUUCAAAGUGGAAACAAGGACCAUUGCUGUUGACUUUGCAUCAGAAGAUAUUUAUGAUAAAAUUAAAACAAGCUUGGCAGGUCUUCAAAUCGGUGUUUUAGUGAACAACGUGGGAAUGUCAUAUGAGUAUCCUGAAUACUUCCUGAACAUUCCCGACUUGGACAAUGUAAUCAAGAAACUGAUAAAUGUUAAUAUUCUUUCUGUUUGUAAGAUGACAAGAAUAGUGCUGCCUGGCAUGGUAGAAAGAUCUAAAGGGGUAAUUCUGAACAUAUCAUCUGCCAGUGGCGUCGUGCCGAUUCCACUGUUGACCAUCUACUCUGCAACCAAGGCUUUUGUAGAUUUCUUCUCUUGCUGCCUCCACGAGGAAUACAAGAGCAAGGGCAUCUUUGUGCAGAGUGUCCUGCCAUUCUUUGUAGCUACGAAAAUGGUUAAAGUCCGAAAGUCAACUUUGCAUAUACCUCCGCCAGAGACGUUUGUGAAGUCUGCGAUGAAAACAGUGGGCCUGAAAUCCCAAACCCAUGGAUACCUGGUCCAUUCUCUUAUGGGUGCAGUAAUCUCAGCUCUGCCUUCUUGGUUACAUUUUAAAAUCGCCAUGAGUGUUAACAAAUCUACGCGGGCUCGCUAUCUGAAGAAGGCCAAGAAGAACUAAGCAUCGAUAAGCGCAUUGAGUGAUGUGGCCAGGUGCUCCAGCCUGGGCACGUUCACUGCGAGUCACCCACCCGGCUCCAAGAUCUUCAGCUGUCAUGUUAAUCGUUACUAAUAAGGCUAAAUGUGGUCAUAAUUGGGAAGAAAGCAGAAGUUUCUUUCAGGAGUUCCUGAUAUAUAUUCUGGAUGCUACCAGGAGUUAUUUUGAAGUUUAACAUGGAUACUCAUACCAAUUGGAUACAGAACUAAUAUUAGCAAGGACAGCUUAAUAGGCAGCAGCAGGAUGAUAGCACAUCACAGAGUGAUAGUCAGAAGUAACGCUCCACAAUUCCACCUAGCCCCAAAUGCCAAUGAUGAUGAUUCUUGUUAUUUUUUCUGAAACAUACUUUAAAAAGUCAUGGCCAGCUACUCUUCCUCGUUAACACUUUGAGAGGUGGAGAUUAAUUGAUUCACUUAUGGGAGGACAUACGGCAAUUUACGUAGCUCUUUGUAAGGUUUUCUAAAAGCAUGUCCCAGUUUGUACACUUAUACGGAACUGUUCUUUCUCAAAGGUAGCUAAUGACAUAAAAAUAAUUCAUGAAAUAGGGAAUUUUUUGACCCAUGAAGCCCAUGAAAAUAUGCUUUCUUCUAAUACAUAUUUCUUCUCAGUUUAAAUGUAUGUAAAUACUGAAUGCUAUAUGGUAUGAUUUAUUAAAGAAAACGGUCCAAAGUGUACAUUAGACUGGCAGCCACCUAUGGUGUCACUGAACCCUGACCCAGGAAAGUGGCCUGCUUGGACCCCAGCCACCUGGUUUCUGCACCACAUUAAUACUACUUCCAUAUGCGACAACAGGCUACUCCUAGAACAGGAAUGAUAUCAGAGAAGUGGCAUUAUAUUUUUAACUUGGCACCCUAUAGAUACUGAUGUAAUUCUAAUGAAAGGUGAUAUAACCAUGGUGUUGACUGGAAAUAUAUUUCUUUGGUGCUGGAAAUUAAGACCCCUUUUACACUGGCUUAACAGAAAUUAAAACUCACUUUUAUCCUGCUGCAUAACUUGUUUGGGGAAAUUUCCAAACAAUAAUUCGAUAUUAAGAAACAUGCAACCUAGAAAGUAGGUCUUUACCUAGGCUGUGGUUCCAAGGCUCGAGUUUUAAGCACCAGUAAAUUUGGGGGAAAAAAAAUUAAAUUGGGUUGUUUAUGUGUUCCCGGCUUUUAAUUUUGUCAGCUAACGACAUAAAAACAGAAAAACCAAAUUACCAUCAUUAUAUAAAAGACAAGACCUUUUAGCAUACAGAAAGUAGGAAGAACAUAAUUUCAGAACAAGGAGUAGUCAUUUAAAUUGAAUAAAUUUAACUUUAUGAAAAACACA